CUUUAAGGGAAACAAAAGGAAUAUGAAUUUCACUGCAGGUUUGCUGAAAAGGGAGCAUAUGCUCUUAAACACCUUGCUGUCGUUGAAUGUCUCUUUCCACGGUGCCGAGGACUUCAUGAGCGAUGUUUACCUCCACCAGAGUGGAGAGCUGGAGAGACUGCUUCUGCUGACGAUCAAAGAGCCCACCACCAUCGCUCUCACGGUGAUGUAUUCAUUAUCAUUCGUGGUGGGAUUCAUUGGAAAUCUAAUGGCCAUUCGAAUGCUUACCUGCCAGAAGAGUAAGAGGCUGCAGAGCAUCAGUGCCACCCGGAAUUUACUCGUGAACCUGGCAGUGUGUGAUCUGAUGGUGGUUUGCAUCUGCAUGCCCAUCACCCUCGGCCACACCAUUUACACCGCUUGGGUGUACGGAGACCUCCUCUGCCGGGCCGUUCCCUUCAUCCAGGCCGUGUCCGUGUCGGCCAGCGUCCUCAGCCUGACCGUCAUCAGCGUCAACAGAUACUACAGCGUUCACAGCCCGCUGAAUUCCCUCUCGUACUUCACCCAGAAGAAGAUCUACAUCACCAUUGUGUGCGUGUGGGUCUUGUCCUCUGCCAUUUGUGCGCCUUUGCUCUUCAUGAUCAAGCUGGACAAGAUCCACUUGAUCGACAUCGCCGUGCCAAUCUGCCGAGAGCUGUGGCCGCAGGCUAGACUCAAGCAGGUCUACAACGUGCUCCUUUUCGUAGCUCUCUACUGCAUCCCUGUGACCUUUAACCUCAUCAUCAGCUUCCUGACGGGCCGGAAGCUCUGGAGGGCUUCUCAACAUUUCGCGGACUUCGAUCCGCACAGCCUGGCCAUACACGCCUCACGUCUGAAGAUGCGCAAGAAGAUCGCCAAGGUGGUGGUCACUUUGGUCCUCCUGUUCGCCGGCUCCUGGCUCCCGCUUUACGUGGCAGACAUCCUCAUUGACCACGAGGUUCAUCCCCCUCACUGGGUUCUGCAGACUCGGCCUUUUGCACAGUGGUUGGGCCUUACUAACUCCAGCCUCAAUCCCAUCUGUUAUUGUUUCUUGGGCGAUUUGUACCGUUCUGCCAGAGCAGUCAGGUCCAAGUAUCAUCAGAGGAUGCUCUCUGUCUUUAGAUCCUCCCGCUCUUUUAAACUGUCCAGUUUGCUCUCACACAAAACGCAGAAAACUGGCCGGCGACAAGGUGCCGUGAGCCAGGUGUCAGUUGAGACUCUUUCUGACUGGUGUUCCAACAACAGCCAGAUGGUUUCUCUCCAAAGCCUCUCAGAGAAGAUAACGUCUACAAGCAAUCUCGAAUUAUCGAACUUGUAGUAAGGGCGCAUGUUACCUGA